AUUGAUGUACGUGAUUUGUAUCAUGACAAUCCAAUCUCUCUCUCGAUAAAAAAAAAUACUUAAAUUGGGUUGUUUCGUGAUUUACGACACAUGCUGUAAACUUACUCGCUGAUAAGAUGUUCGACGACGAUGACAUGCCUAACGUAGUAAACGCCGGCCGGGUCUCGUACGCGCGUCUCUAGCAGACUGCACUGUCAUCAAAACAUAACCUUCGCGUUUGUUUUGAAAGAAUCGUGUAUGAAUUCGAUAGUUUGCAAUUCUUUUUUUUUUAAUUUAAAGACGAAAUUUUCGUAGAUAAUUGAAUUGAUUGAAUAUUAUCAUUUAAUUUCCAUUGCUUCUCAGCAUGUCAGGAAUUGUUCAAUAUGUUCUUGUCAGAGGAGAUUUAAUCAAAUCAUUGGAGUGGCCAGUAGGAGCUGUGAUAGCACAAGCGUGCCAUGCUUGCAGCGCUGCAAUUCAUUUGUUCCACGAUGAUCCUGAUACUCAAAAGUAUCUUGGAGAUUUAGACAAUAUGCACAAAGUAGUUUUAGAAGUUCCAAGUGAAGAAAGCUUGAAAACUCUUCAUCAAACAUUGGAAGAUAAUAGCAUUAAACAUAAGUUAUGGAUUGAGCAGCCUGAAAAUAUUCCAACUUGUCUAGUUGUAAAACCAUAUCCUAAAGAAGAAGUUCAUAAGUAUUUCAAAAAGUUUAAGUUAUAUAAAUAAUGUACAAAUGUCUCAGGAAAAUUAA